AACCUGCCUUCAUUUGUGCAAGUUGACCAAGCGUGAUGCAAUACCAAUACGAUAAUCUAAAAAGAAAAAAUACGAUAAUUGUAGUACAUAAAAGUGUUUCUUCACCGAGUAAUGUAAUCGUCGCGUCACCUUUCUACGCAAAAGUGGACUAACGUAUCUGCCAUGAUAGCUCAUCGUGUAGCUGAGGGCAGCGUUGAAACCGGACCAACAUGGCCGCCAGGGCGGCUCAUUCUGGACGGGAGCAGGUGAAGCCGGACCACCUUGUCCACCAUUGUGGCUCCAAGUGCAGCAGAGUGCAACCUUCAAACUGGAUCAAGAUGGCCGUCGUAGCGGCAGCAGUGAUACUGGACCAUCGUGUUUAGCAUUAUGGCUCAUGGUACACCAAUAGAAGUGGUUGCCAAUAAUAAUAAUAAUAAUUAUUAUUAUUAUUAUAAUAAAUAAUAAUCACAAUAAUGCAUUAUUCAAUUAAACAUUUGUUUUAAGGAACUUUGUAUUUUAUAAACGGAAAAUUUUGACUUAAUUUGGCUAUUAUAAAGUGCAACAAAAGGUAACAGCUGACGAGCGACACAGAAUCAUAAUGGAGGCGAAUAUGAUCAUUAUUUUAAUCUGGUAUAUGUUAUGUUUCAAGCGAUUGACGACACAAAUCUGUCACCCGCAUAAUUUGAACAUAAACGUGGAUGUCACUAAAGUUGCUCAAAAAGCCGGCGUGGCUAACAGCGCGCAAGCGGCUAGCACCUUCACCACCAGCUAACUGUCACCUCAAAUUUAGUCGGUUCGUUUUUAACUUUGCUGAUUUGUCAACCAAAAUGAAGACAAAGCGAGCUUUGGGGGGGUUAAUGGCGUGUUCAAGCGCACUAGCUCUACAUCCUGGUCGGAGCUGUAAUCCGAAUCAAAUUUUUAUAUUCAAAUGGGGAAUCUUUCAACCUAAAGGUCGGGUGACAUAACAAAGCGCUUUGAUGACUUUUAAGAAGCUUUUGGGAUCAGUUUGUCCUACACGUCUGUGGGUGGACGUCCACGCAUCUCUCCAAGCAAGUCUAGAAGGAGUUUCUCGCUCUCCACGGGGUCGAGGAGGAACCUUGAUGAGAGUACAGCUGGAGAUUUUAAGUGCCUGACGGUCAGGAGUGAACAGCAUGGAGCAGUUUCAGACGCUCCCCACCGACGAGGAUGUCAAAUGGGACAAGCUGCUGGACAACAUCAUGAAGUCAGCCGACGUCAUCCUGUGGGGCACCUCAUCGGCCAACACCCCGCUGCCGCUGCCACUGCCGCCCCCACCCUCCCCUCCAUCCCCAAAAGAAGAGGCCCGUCCGCUGGCCAUUGCAACUGCGGCGAGCGAGCACAAAGGGGCGACAGAUUUGCUGCCCCUGGCAAGCGGUCAAGAUCACAUGGAGCUGCUGAUGGAGGGCCAGCCCCUGGAUGUAGACGAUGAACUCUCCAACGUUCUGGAUGACUUUUGGUUGCCCGACUACUUGGGCGGCCAACCGGGCUCCAUCAACAUCCAAGACCAGGAUGACAACGUCGCGGUGAUGCCAGUGCACGACGGCAUGAACCAGCCUCUUCUUGGAAGGCUUAAUGGCGAGAUGAUGUGUGGGGCCUCCUCGUCAUCUGACACCAUUGAACCUCCAACAGAAGCAUCACAGACCAUGUGUAGUAGCAGCAAAAGCCAAUGUUACGGCCAGCAGGAAGCCAACCGGCCGUACGUCAAGAAGCCGCCCAACGCUUUCAUGCUCUUUCGCAAAGAGCAGAGUCCCAACGUCGUCGCCCAGUUCAACAUCACCAACUCGGCGGCAGUCAAUAAAAUCCUGGGCAGGAUGUGGAAGUCGCUGCCCAAAAAGCUGCAAGCCAAGUAUUACCAGCAAGCUGAAGAGCACAAAAUCCUCCACAGUCUGCAGCAUCCUGACUGGUCCUGCACAGAAAACUAUGGCAAAAAGAGGAAACGCGAUCGCAGCAGGCACAGCACCAGCGGCCCAAGGUCACUAGAGGACGGCGCGGCGACGGCGGAACAGUGCUGCGGCGGCAUGGGCCACGCCCCCGGCGAGGAUGCGCUGUGUCACUACCACAAGAGCGUCGUUGGGGAGACGCACACAUACGCGCACACGCAUGGCUGCUGACCUCAUCACGGAUUGGGCUCGCGCUCCCCCCGGCUGUAAAGUGAGGACUCACGCCGUAGUUCAGGAGGAGGACACUCAGGUGCAGGACGCAUUCGUGAGUGGCGUCGGAAAGUGAGACAACGGUGAUGGACACCAUGAUGUCUUUGCUGCCGAGAAGAUCAACAUGGCAGCAUCUGCGGGAAGAAAAGGAAUGAAUAAAUAUUUUCCAAUACA